AUGCGACGACAAUUGGGUGACGUAAAAAGCUUUUUCUGCACUAGUGGUUCAUUCAACGACAACUCCUCACUCUCUGAAAGAAAUCUGUUCGAAAUCUUGCCGGGUGAGAUAGACAAGCGAGCGUUACUUGGGUUCAAAUCUGUGCCAAACUCGUUCCUCUUCUCUCUUCUUCUUUGUUGCAACGUUGGAAAUGACUAA